GAAAUAUACUUAAGUAUUCUUUAUAAAUAACAAUAAAAGGGUUGACCACAUACUACAUAGGUAUAAAAAUUUACCGAACGUUGAAAUAUUUUAAACUAAAUCUGAAAAAAAGUCAAGAGAUAAUAUGGGCUUAUUUAACAAUCUGAAUCUGGGCGUACUGUUUUGUAAUACUCACCGCAACCCAUUUAUAAUGAUUACACUUAUCCUUUUCCUUUUACUACUGCUGCAGUCUUCAUCUGGCUUUUCUGAGGUUAAUGCCACCAUGAAGAUUGCGCUGCCUGAGCCUGAUGGGAAGUAUUGCGCUAUGUAUGGCCAUCAUCUCGUCGAAUGCAAUGUCAAAUUUGACAGCGCUGCACAUACUUUUGAUUUCUACCUUCUCGAAUUUAGUGAGGAAACGAGAUGCUCGAAUGUAAACUAUAUAUACAAUGCUGAUGAUAAAUCUUUGAAUGUACCCGACUUAACGAACCGAGAUUCCUGCGUUGGAAAGCAGGUAGAUAGGAACAAAGCCGAUGUUAAAGUGAGUUUCAUCCCCGAAAAGGAUGCCUUGGAUGUUCACGUGAAUUCACUCCAAAUAACCAUGAAUAAAUGUUAGAAAAUGCUCCUCCGUUUUUUUUUUGAAACCAAUGAAUAAAUAUAAUCUAUAGUCCAAAUAUUAGGCAUUUUAGAUCAAAAAAUAGUUCUUAGUGCAGAAUUCUUCUAAAUACCUUUUUUUGUAUGUAGAUAAUCCUUCCUUUACAUCAUAAACCUUUUCCAUUGACUUAUAGUACCUCAGUUUGGGCAUUUUACUAAUGAAAUACUCAGCUAAAAUCGAAAUUUGUGUAGUGCAAUAUAAAAGAAGAAAUAUCAUAACUUGCCGUACUGACGUAGAUAUCAAACGUUCACUUUACCGUAUUUCUAAUGUAUCUAUUUAUUUGAUCACAACGAAAUAUAUAAAAGAAAGCAAAUAUAAUGUGGGGUAGGUAUAUAAAAUGCAUUUAAUGUGUUAUGGUGGGAUCAAUAGAAAUAUACUGCUGAAACUAUAAGCUAAUGAAUAUGGGUGGGUAGAUACCCCAUACGCUUUUUAUAAUUCAUAUUUCCCCAA